UACGCCAAGGGUGCCCGUGCUGCCAUGGUGUCUCCUGAUGCCACUGCUACUACUGCUGCUGCUGCGUCCCAGUCACUACCAAUGGGGAUGCCGGCACAGCAGCAAUCACAGCAGCAGCAGGAGGCAGCGCCCGCCCAACCCAAGCCGCUACAACCGCCUCCGCAACCGGCGCUAUCCUGUUCGGAGCCCCAGCCCCAGCACUCCGAAAGGAAUUGCGACACGCAUGCGUCCCCAACGAAUACGACAGCCCAUGCUCCUGUUGCUGCUGCAGCCGCUACCGCCGGAAGCAGCGCACCCGCCAGCUCCACAACUACCACCACUGCACCGGCCGGCAACAGCCCCCCACCAGCACCUCCUCCUCCUCCUCACCGGCUACACCUGACAGCCACCCUCGUCAAAGCCGCGGCCGCAGCAGCAGCCCUCGCCGCUCCGUCUCCGCCCCCAUCUUCCAGCCCCCCUCAGACGCAGACAUACGCUUCCUCGACCUCUGCAGGUGUGUCACGCAGUGCCAGUACGGCCACUAGCCAGUCAGCAGCGCCCUCCUCCUCAGCUCCGACGGCCCCGGCGGUUGCCGCGGCGGCGGCGGUACCGAGCCCUCACAUGCUAGAGGAAGCCCAGCUAGCGGCGUCCGGCUCCCCUGCAGGCAGCACCGGCGUCACGUCAACCACGCCGCUGCUACAUAGCAGCAGCAAUGUGCCGUUGUCAUCAUCGCCCGCACCCCCUAACGAGGGUAUGAGCAGUGGCGGGGGCACUAGCAACGGUAGCAGCCCUGACAGCAACGGCGUAACUGCCGCUUCUAAUGGUGCUGCCGGCAUGGCUAGCAUGGCUUCUGUUCGAAGCCAUCCCAUUGACAUAGGCGAGAUCUCCUCUAGCAGCAAUGGCAAUGGCAACCGAACAGACGACGUUUGCCAUGACAAUAACAACAACAACAACAGCGGCAGCAGCUACGUGUCUUCCAGUUACGGCAGCAGUAGCAGCGGCUAUGUGCCUCUAAGCAAGGUCGUUACUGACGCUACCAUGCCGGGUGCUGCUGCCAACGUUAGGGCCAUCCCCGUAUACGUCUCCUUGUCUACGACGGACGCUGCUGCGAUGUGGGGUCUCGAGUACGACAUCUAUGCAAGCAUGUACGACAUCCCGCCUUACGGCAUGUCGUACAUGCAGGACAAUGAGCCGUUUGAUCUCGAUGCGUAUGCAGAGUACGACCCACCAACGGCUGCUACUGCUGCUGGCGCUGCUGGUAUUACCGACAGCUCCACUUCCUCCUCUCCUCAGAUGUCCCCAGCUUCAAUCCCUCCGUACAUGUCCGCAGCAGCAGCAACCUCGCUCUUCCCCUCCUCCGCCUCCUCCCCAUCAGCUCCCCUGGUAGACCUGCUGGAGGCUGCCGUACAGGAGGCCCACCGGCUGCGCUCCUCCUCACCCUCCUCCUCUUCUUCGCCUUCCUCAACCUCCUCGAUUUCCCCUGCAGCACCUGCCGCCUCUUCUUCCUCCGCCUCCUCCUCGUUGUUGACAUCCCCGGCAUCUGCGGCGCCCUUCCCCGCCUCCACCUCUACUCCCACCUCUUCCAGCGGGUCCCUCUUGUCGCCGGAGUUGCUGACCGCAACCGCCGCUGGAGCCGCCCUUGCCAUGUCGACAGGAGCAGCCGCUACUGCAGCAAGCAAGACAGCGAGUAUAUUGAGUACGGCAGAAGCGACAGCAGUGGCAGCAACAAUGGCAAUGUCGACUGCACCCGCCAAGUCUUCCGUUACUGCUGCCACUCCACCUGCUGCUGCUUCCACUGCUGCAGCACUACCGCCCGGGCUUUACCGCAGGAUCUCUAGCUCCUCCGCUUCCGUUGCCCGUUGGACGAGCCGUACAUUGUACGAACUAACUGCCGUACGAGGCUUGGAGCUGGGAACUAACAGCCCGCAUGACGAGGAGGAGGAGGAGGAAACCGCGGAUGAUGACGCAGCUGUGGCGCAUGCCAUGUCGGUGCCCGCAGCGCCGGCGGAAAUGGCGGCGCUGCUAAACCAGCUGGGUACGGCACUCGGCCGCAGUGUACGAAUGCGGUACGACGGGGCUGACGUGGCAGCGAGCGAUCUACUGGAUCUGGAUCGCAAGAUCGCACUGGCGUCGUCACGGUUGUACCGCAAACGUGACAUGCUGUUGUCUGGGUGGGUGAGACGGGAGGCAAGGAGGCAGCUGGCGGCUACGACUACGGCUGCUGCAGCGGCGCCAACUGCAAGCUCCUGGAACGGCGGAGUAACGCCAGUCUGAUGCCCUGGCAACGGCGACGCGGCAGUGACGACGGUGGCGGCGCCGUCCCUCUGAUGAGAGGUUGUCCUCGCUGUAGGGGCGGCUAGACGGCGCUACCGCCGUCACCUGUUGGUUGUGGCAAUGGUGGUGGCAGCGGAAGCUGUGCGGCGGCAACUGACAUGUUCGGGGUGCGUUUGCAACUGGUUGGUAGGUUGUUUGUCCCUCAGCAGGGGUCUGGAGCGUGUUGUUGGGGGUGGCAGUGCGGCGGUUGGUUCUGGUGGUUGGUGGUUCGGUUGGAUCAAUUCGCGGGCCGCAGGCGGUGGUUGGAGCUGACAUGGUGAGAACCAUCUGCCGAAGGGCUUUACGCGGUGAUGACAGUGGUCGGAAAGACUGCAGCGGAUGUGGUGGGGGUGACAGCGGAGAGAGUUAGGGAUGAGGGCCGGCGAAAGGGCGAUUGGGCGGUGCGCCGUGUGUCAUACGCUCUUCCAUUACAUGCAGAGGACGGGUGAUUUGCUUGUCUUGGGUGGGUUGUCGGUUUCGAGGUUCAAGUCAUGUGAGCUUUUGACUGAUUGUAUGCAUCCGCUUGGCAUGUGUGAGCUGCUUCGACCUGAGAAGCAUGAAGCGAUUGGGUUGCAUGAUGCAUGAUGCAUGGUGCACGGUGCACGCAGAAUCUGCGCUGGAUGUUACGGUUUGUGCUCCAAAGCAUCCCAGCCGGCUGACGUCGCAGCAUGCAGCUUGCAUGUUUUAUGGUUGGGCGUGCAAGCGCGGCGGCUGGGGACGUUGGCUAGCCGCAUGAGUGCAGCAUGCAGGGGUGCGUGUGUAGUAGUCAGCCUGCAUGCCCAGUUCUAUGCCACGAGUAGUUGUUCUUGCGCGUUUUUUAAAGAUUAGGUCAAUCCCCCAACUGCUUCUGUAUAAGUAUCCACUACAGGCAUCGCACACCCACAGCGCUUGGGCAGGGCCCUGGUUAAUGGGCAUUGGCUUUUGUAGCUUUCGACGGCUUUUUUGGCAUCAUGCAUUGCCGUAUUCUAUAUGUCGUACAUUUCAUCCAGUUGUCCGUACUUGUGCUUGGCAAGGUAAGCUUUUGCCUGCUAAUCUUCCAUUUGUUGCAGAGAGUGUAGUUAUGGCAUUAGCACAGAUAGAAUCCAGUCAAGGCUCCCAGGGACCCAUGCACCCACUUCCCUAUAGCCCCCGUACCGGUGGCACAGUUGCCAUGCAGACGAGUUGGCGUUGCGGUGGUUGCCUUGACAGUGUCACAGCGGUUGAUGCCCGACAUCUGGGUCGGGCUGGGAUGAUCGUUUCCCUUCCUACUAACUUCGAGAUCAAUUUCCAGAUCAAAAUAUGCGUUGCAGUUACCUCUGGUUGGUCCGCGGUUGCACGGUAGGGGACUGGGUUCAGGUCUUGCGGUGUUCUGACAGAGUUUUGGUGACGGUGUCUGGUCAGUGACAAUGUUAUGAAUGGACGUGCGUGCCGCAACCUUGGUAAGCCUCAACAGCAGGCAAUUUCGGUAGAGAUUCUGGCUUUCAAGUUGGUCUUGUAUUGCGACAUAACUGGGGGGCCAUGGCUAGAUGGCACUGUGUAGCUGCCAAUGAAUGCGUGUGAGGAAGAUGUUGGGCAGCUUGGGCUAGUGGACUGUGAGCUGAACAGUGUAUGCAGGUGGUA